AUGUGCAGCCUCGGAGCCGCCAGCAGAAUGCGGCCCGUAGGCAUGGCCACUCAGGCCAAAGGGGGUGGCAGAGCUCGGGGUGAAGAGUCCACCCGAGUCUGUCGCCGUAGUGCGCGCUUUUCCGUCUCCAGUGUAUCCCCGGUGUUAGCCAUAUAUCUAGUGUUAGUGUUUAGUCUUAACGUGGCGCUUGUGUCGUGCAAGCAUCACCAUCACCACCAGAGCAGUGGUACGGGUGGAGGUGGUGGCGGUGCCGGUGGGGGUCAGGAGUUUAAAUUCGAUCCAACGAACAGCUUUAUCAGCCUCGUGCUGCCACACGACACAUAUCCCGGGUACAGCAUCCAGAAGUUUACGGCUAACUUCACCGGCCCAAAUUCGCCCUUUUCGUCGAUCUCGUCCUACUCGUCGAAGCCGCUCAACUAUCGGCUGCUCGAGACGGACUACUCGAAGUACUUCACCGUGCUGGAGGAUGGGCUGGUGAUGACUACGGCGGAUCUAUCACCGCUGGUUAAUCGCCCAGUGAAGCUGGUUGUGCUGGAAGAAACACCCAACUCGACUGCGACGCAUCAACUGCAGCUGUACGUGAUGAACCGCAAGGACAUGCUGCAUUUCCCGACUAUGCUGACCGAUACGGUUGGUCAGAUGGGUGAAAAUCGUGAUGCAGGCACGCGUGUUCGCGAUAUUCCUCUGUUGCAGGCAAACUCAGCCCGUGGUGCUAAGACGGUCAUCUACAGCAUCAUCGGUGGCAACGAGGACGAUGCAUUCGCACUCGAGGAUAGCAGCACGAACGUAAUUGGAACGACCGUGCGUAUCGAGGAUCCGCGUAAACAUGGCGUCUGGCUUGUAUCGGCACGGCCUCUAGAUCGUGAACACCGUGAUCAGUACACGGUUGCAAUCGAGGCAACGGAUCUCAAACGUAUCAACAAAGCCGAGGUUCACCUGCCAGUGCACAUCACCGACGUGAAUGAUAACAGGCCGGUUUUCGGUAAGCCAGACUAUCGGUUCACGGUGACAGGCGUAAAGGCAACUACACCGGCUGGCAAUGAAACGGUCACGUGGGAGCGUUUUACCAGCCUCGGACGCGUAGAAGCGAAGGAUGCUGAUGGUGAUCGUGUGGCGUAUAGAUUGACCAAUCCCAGCAACACGGUGGUGAUCGUACCACAGACCGGUGAACUGCUGCUAGCUGGUGAACCCGAUGCACAGGAGCUGUUUGUCGACGUGGAAGCGCAUGAUCUGCGCACGCCUAGUCUGAAGAGUGAACACCCAGCACGUGUCCUGAUUGAGUUCGUCGCGCCAGAUCCAUUGCCGGUGAUCGUACAGCAUAUGGGUCAUGAGUACCAGCACUCACACCGGCGAGAUAAACGCCGCGUGACCCGAGCAGUUCGACCAACUAAGCGCAUCGAGUUCACUGAGGCGGACGGAGAUAACGAGGGCCGGAACGUGUUCCAGCUGGAGAAGGAGACAGACCGCGAGACGUUUAAGAUCCGCGACGAAAACCCGUGGGUCACGGUUGAGACCAAUGGUGCGGUGCGCGUCAAGAAGAAGUGGGACUACGAAGAGCUGGGACCGGAGAAGACCAUCGAUUUCUGGGUGAUCAUUACCAACCAGGGACACAACGCUGGGCUGAAAUAUACGGACAAUCAGCGCGUCAUAAUUCACGUGAAGGAUGUGAACGAUGAGCCACCGUACUUCAUCAACCGCCCUCUGCCAAUGCAGGCCGUAGUGCAACUGAAUGCACCACCAAACACGCCCGUGUUCACGUUGCAGGCACGCGAUCCGGAUACCGAUCACAACAUUCAUUACUUCAUCGUACGUGACCGCACGGGCGGUCGUUUCGAGGUGGACGAGCGUUCCGGUGUGGUGCGAACACGCGGCACCGACCUGUUCCAGCUGGACAUGGAGUACGUGCUAUACGUAAAGGCAGAGGACCAGAACGGCAAGGUGGACGAUCGGCGCUUCCAAAGCACGCCGGAAGAACGGCUCUCAAUUGUCGGUGGUAAGCGCGCACCGCAGUUCUACAUGCCAAGCUACGAGGCGGAAAUUCCCGAGAACCAGAAAAAGGACUCCGACAUCAUUUCCGUGAAGGCCAAAUCGUUUGCCGAUCGAGAGAUUCGUUACACGCUGAAGGCCCAAGGACAAGGCGCAGGAACGUUCAAUAUUGGACCAACGUCGGGCAUCGUAAAACUGGCCAAGGAACUGGACUUUGAGGACUUGCGUCAACCGCACGUGUACUCAUUGCUCGUAACGGCAACGGAAGAUUCGGGUGGUUUCUCAACUUCAGUUGAUCUCACUAUCCGCGUCACGGACGUGAACGACAACGCGCCAAAGUUCGAACUGCCCGAUUACCAAGCACACAACGUCGAUGAGGACAUUCCGUUGGGAACGAGUAUCCUAAAGGUGAAGGCGAUGGAUGCCGACUCGGGAGCGAACGCCGAGAUCGAGUACCUGGUGUCGGACGAUCAUUUCGCGGUGGACUCGAACGGUAUCAUCGUGAACAACAAGCAGCUCGAUGCGGACAACAACAACGCGUACUACGAGUUUGUCGUGACGGCGAAGGAUAAGGGCGAACCGGCCAAGACUGGUACCGCCACGGUGCGUGUGUACACCAAGAACAAGAACGACGAGGAGCCAAAGUUCAGCCAGCAGGUGUACACGCCGAACGUGGAUGAGAACGCGGGUCCUAACACGCUUGUAACGACGGUUGUCGCCUCGGAUAAGGACGGUGAUAACGUGCGCUUUGGAUUUGUUGGCGGUGGCACCAGCAGCGGUCAGUUCGUGAUAGAGGAAAUCACCGGUGUCAUUCGGCUGCACAGCAAAGCCAUCUCGCUCGAUCGGGACAAGUAUGAAUUGAAUGUAACAGCUAUGGAUGAUGGGUCGUGCUGCGUCAAUGGUGACGCGACGAUCCAUACAUCUACAGCUGUUGUCGUUGUGUUCAUCACCGAUGUGAACGACAACAAGCCGGUGUUUAAGGACUGUGGCACCUACUAUCCGAAGGUGGAAGAAGGCGCGCCCAACGGGAGUCCUGUCAUCAAGGUGCAGGCCACUGAUGAGGAUAAAGGCGUCAACGGACAGGUGAAAUAUUCAAUCGUACAGCAGCCGAAUCAGAAGGGCACCAAGUUCACUGUCGAUGAAGAAACGGGCGAAGUGUCGACUAACAAGGUGUUCGAUCGCGAAGGAGAUGAUGGCAAGUUUGUGUCUGUUACGGUGAAAGCAACCGAUCAGGGUGAACCCAGUUUGGAGGGUGUCUGUUCCUUCACGGUGGAAAUUACCGAUGUAAACGAUAACCCGCCGUUGUUCGACCGACAGAAAUAUGUCGAAAACGUGAAGCAAGAUGCGAGCAUUGGAACGAAUAUCCUUCGAGUGUCGGCAUCGGACGAGGAUGCGGAUAAUAACGGUGCGAUCGUGUACACGCUUAGCGCCCCGCACAGUCCGAACGAUUUGGAGUACUUUGAAAUCCAACCGGAAUCCGGUUGGAUCGUACUUAAGAAGCCGCUAGACGGCUGCUACUCCCGCGAACGGUACCGGCUGAAGGUGUACGCCUCGGAUAGAGGUGACCCACCGUCCACCGCCGACGUGGACGUUGAGCUCGAUGUGGUCGAUCGGAACAAUAAGCCGCCGAUCUGGGAUCGCACUAUUUAUGGCCCCAUUCACAUUAGAGAAAAUGUCACUGUCGGUACGGUAGUCACAUCGGUGAAAGCAAGCUCGGGAAUCGAAGGCAAUCCGACAGUUUUUUAUCGGCUCAUGCCUGGCUCGACAGCCCAAACGAACAAACUGCACACGUUCUACCUGCAGCAAAGACCAGACAACGGUGACACGUGGGCUGACAUCAAGGUGAACCAUCCACUGGACUUCGAAACGAUCAAGGAAUACAACUUAACCGUCCGUGUUGAGAACAACGGAGCCCAGCAGCUUGCAUCGGAAGCGACUGUUUACAUACAAUUAGAGGAUGUAAACGACGAAAUACCACUGUUUACCGAACGUGAACAGGAAACCGUCCUCGAGGGUGAGCCGAUCGGCACGAAAGUGACACAGGUGAAUGCAAUCGAUAAGGACGGCACCUUCCCGAACAACCAGGUGUACUACUACAUCGUCGAUUCGCCCCGGAACGAGGGUAAGGACUUCUUCGAAAUCAACCUGCAGAGCGGUGAGAUAUUCACCAAGGUGGUGUUCGAUCGUGAGAAGCAAGGCGCGUACGCUCUAGAAGUCGAAGCACGUGACGGUGCUCCAUCCGCUCGGCCUAAUAGCAAUCAGCAGCCCAAUUCAGUAACUAAAUUCAUUCGCAUUGGUAUUGCCGAUAAGAAUGACAACCCACCGUACUUCGACAAAGCCCUGUACGAGGCAGAGGUCGACGAAAACGAAGACAUUCAACACACCGUGCUUACCGUCACCGCCAAGGAUCACGAUGAAUCGUCGCGUAUUCGAUAUGAGAUCACGAGCGGUAACAUAGGCGGAGCAUUCGCCGUCAAGAACAUGACGGGCGCUAUCUACGUCGCCGGCGCCCUAGACUACGAGACAAGGAAACGAUACGAACUUCGUCUCGCAGCAUCGGAUAAUCUGAAGGAAAACUACACCACCGUCGUCAUACACGUGAAGGACGUCAACGAUAAUCCGCCCGUAUUCGAGCGGCCAACAUACCGGACACAGAUUACAGAGGAAGACGACCGAAACCUUCCCAAGCGCGUCCUACAGGUCACGGCUACGGACGGCGACAAAGAUCGACCACAGAACAUCGUCUACUUCCUCACGGGCCAGGGUAUCGAUCCGGACAAUCCUGCCAACAGCAAAUUCGAUAUCAAUCGAACGACCGGAGAGAUUUUCGUCCUUAAGCCGCUGGAUCGGGAUCAACCGAACGGACGACCACAAUGGCGAUUUACGGUGUUCGCCCAGGAUGAAGGUGGCGAGGGAUUGGUCGGCUACGCGGACGUGCAGGUGAAUCUAAAGGACAUCAACGACAAUGCACCGAUCUUCCCGCAGGGCGUCUAUUUCGGCAACGUUACCGAAAACGGCACCGCGGGCAUGGUUGUAAUGACCAUGACGGCCGUCGACUACGACGACCCGAACGAAGGCACGAAUGCGAAGCUUAUAUACUCCAUCGAGAAAAACGUGAUAGAGGAGGAAACUGGGUCACCAAUAUUCGAAAUUGAGGCGGACACGGGUGUGAUCAAGACGGCCGUGUGCUGCCUGGAUCGGGAACGCACACCGGACUACUCUAUACAGGUCGUGGCUAUGGACGGUGGGGGGUUAAAAGGGACUGGGACGGCCUCUAUACGCGUCAAGGAUAUAAACGACAUGCCGCCCCAGUUUACUAAGGACGAAUGGUUCACGGAAGUGGACGAAACGGAUGGCACCAAUCUGCCCGAGAUGCCCAUCCUUACUGUGACCGUACACGACGAGGACGAAACGAACAAGUUCCAGUACAAGGUCAUCGACAACAGUGGCUACGGAGCGGAUAAGUUCACGAUGGUGCGCAACAACGAUGGUACUGGCAGUUUGAAGAUCGUCCAACCGCUGGAUUACGAGGACCCGCUGCAAAGCAACGGUUUCCGGUUCCGCAUUCAGGUAAACGACAAAGGCGAGGAUAACGACAACGACAAGUAUCACGUGGCGUACUCGUGGGUCGUGGUGAAGUUGCGAGACAUCAACGACAACAAACCGCAGUUCGAGCGGCCCAACAUCGAGGUGUCGGUGUACGAAAACGCGGACGUCGGUAAGACGCUCGAAACGUUCAAGGCAACUGAUCCGGAUCAAGGCGGCAAGAGUAAGGUAUCGUACGCGAUCGAUCGAUCCUCGGAUCGACAGAGACAGUUCUCGAUCAACCAGGAGGGUACGGUCACGAUCCAGCGAAAUUUGGACCGUGAGGUGACGCCUCGACAUCAGGUCAAGAUUUUGGCCAUCGAUGAUGGCAUCCCGCCAAAGACGGCCACUGCCACACUGACGGUGAUUGUGCAGGACAUCAACGAUAACCCACCCAAGUUCCUAAAGGACUACCGGCCGGUGCUGCCGGAGCAUGUGCCACCGCGUAAGGUAGUCGAGAUUCUGGCCACUGACGAUGAUGAUCGAUCGAAGAGCAACGGCCCACCGUUCCAAUUCCGGCUUGACCCGGGUGCGGAUGACAUCAUCCGUGCAUCGUUCAAGGUGGAACAAGACCAAAAGGGCGCUAACGGUGACGGUAUGGCGAUCGUCUCAUCACUACGCUCGUUUGAUCGUGAGCAGCAGAAGGAGUACCUUAUCCCGAUUGUGAUCAAGGACCACGGUAAUCCCGCAAUGACGGGCACAAGCACCCUCACGGUGGUCAUAGGUGACGUUAAUGACAAUAAGAUGCAACCCGGCUCGAAGGAUAUCUUCGUGUACAACUACCUGGGACAGGCGCCAGAUACGCAGAUUGGUCGCGUGUACGUGUACGAUCUGGACGACUGGGAUCUGCCGGACAAGAAGUUCCACUGGGAGGCACAGGAACACCCGAGGUUCAAGCUGGACGAGGACACGGGCAUGAUUACGAUGCGACAGGGCACACGCGAUGGUCGAUACCAUCUGCGCUUCAAGGUGUACGAUCGUAAGCACACCCAGGCGGAUGUGCCGGCAAAUGUUACUGUGACAGUACGCGAGAUCCCGCACGAUGCUGUCACCAACAGUGGCUCAAUCCGGAUAGCGGGUAUCACGGACGAGGAUUUCAUUCGCGUGUGGAACUAUCGCACUCAGAGCUUGUCACGCAGCAAGGCUGAUCGUUUUAAGGACAAACUUGCGGACUUGCUCAACAUCGACCGUGAGAACGUGGACGUGUUCAGCGUGCAACUACGCCGGAAACACCCUCCGCUAACGGACGUACGGUUCUCUGCUCACGGAUCACCCUACUACAAACCGGUUCGGCUGAAUGGUAUCGUGCUGAUGCACCGCGAGGAGAUCGAAAAGGACGUGGGUGUCAACAUCACGAUGGUGGGCAUCGACGAGUGUCUGUACGAGAACCAGAUGUGUGAGGGAUCGUGUACGAAUACGCUCGAUAUCAGCUCAUUACCGUAUAUGGUGAAUGCGAACAAAACUUCCUUGGUCGGGGUGCGCGUAGACGUGAUCGCCGAAUGUACCUGCGGUGCUAGGAACUUCAGCAAGGCCGAAUCCUGCCGAUCAUCCCCUUGUCACAAUGGUGGCCGUUGUAUGGAGACACGCUACGGACUGAGCUGUUCAUGCCCGACAGGCUAUACAGGUCCACGCUGUCAGCAAACGACACGUAGCUUCCGAGGUAAUGGUUGGGCCUGGUACCCACCGCUGGCCAUGUGCGACGACUCACAUCUCAGCUUCGAGUUCAUCACGCGUAAAUCGGACGGAUUGCUGCUGUACAACGGACCAAUCGUGCCACCUGAGCGCGAUGAACUGCUGGUGUCGGACUUCAUAUCCGUUGAGCUGGAGAGAGGCUUCCCAAGACUGCUGAUCGACUUCGGUUCUGGCACACUGGAGCUGCGCGUCAAGACGAAAAAGAGCCUAGACGACGGUGAGUGGCAUCGGCUCGAC